AUGUCAGCAGCAGAUUAUGUCAAGAUUCAACCUCACCUACAAGGAAAACCUAUAUCUACCACUAACCAAUUUUCUGCAUUAGCAGAAUUUCCUCCAUUAUCUUAUGCAAAGGCUGUUAACCCGACACCACAGAAGAUAACCCUUACACCUCCAAUACAGAAAACUACUGACCAAAAAUCCACCUAUUUCCUUAAGCCACAACCUCUUCCACCCAUACAAACAAAACAAUCUCCAACCAAAAAACCACCAAGCCCAACAGAGUCAACAACAUCAUCAUCCGGAUCCAAGAAAAGUAAAGGAAAUGAUAAACUCAAAAAAUUCCUAGAAGCGAUCGCUAUGCAAAUCUCCUCUGACGAAGAAGAAGACAUAACUCAGGAUACAAAUACGGAAAGCGAAAACCCAUACGGUGGCCCACUCUCACAAGACCCGUACGAAGAAUAG